AUAAUGGAACUAAACUAAUCAUAUGACUAGUUUUCGUCACGUCUUGCUUUGAUAUUGAUUUGUGUCUUGGUCUCGAUUCUCUUCGCAUAGGUUUUGUGUGUUACAUUAGAAAUGGCGAGUCAGACACAGGGAAUCCAACAACUCUUGGCUGCUGAGAAACGCGCGGCUGAGAAGGUUUCAGAGGCAAGGAAGCGAAAAGCGAAACGCCUAAAGCAAGCCAAGGAGGAGGCCCAAGAUGAGGUCGAGAAGUACAGACAGGAACGUGAGCGACAGUUCAAAGAGUUUGAGGCCAAGCACAUGGGCACAAGGGAAGGUGUUGCUGCUAAAAUCGACGCAGAGACAAGGGUUAAGAUUGAUGAGAUGAACAAAAUGGUUCAAACACAACAAGAAGUGGUGAUCAAAGACAUCCUCAACUUAGUCUACGACAUCAAACCGGAGCUGCACGUCAACUACCGCUUCGAUUAAGAAUGUUACGCAUAAAUUAUUUACUAUUCGCAUAUUAAAUCUGCGAAAAUACCGAUUAUAGUUCUAAUUGUUAUUAUUAUUCUGUUUAUAAUCUGUAGCCACUAGGGACGCGUGCAAAUGUCUUAAGUGACGGUUCAAUGCGCGGGAAAUAAAAUGCGUGGAAAACAAGAUGGUUGCCAUUGCUGUAAAUACAUGAAAUAGCUUGUAUUGCCAGUUAUUUAUAUAAUAUUUAAACCUUCAAAUAUAAAAACAGCUCGAUAUCAUUCCAUUAAUGUCGAAGGGUCCGCUUGAGAACACGAAAAAAAAACUUGUAUUUUAAAAAUUGUAUGUCAUUCAAUGUUGUAUGUUGAAUAGAAAUAUAUGGAGUUUUAAAAAGAAUAUUGUUUUUAAUUAAUCUUGUUACCGUAGUCUGUCUGUACAGUAUUAAAGUAUAUUGGUGAUUUAAAA